AUGAAGAAAAUAAAGCUUUCAACAAUACAGGCAGAAAUUUCUUUACUUGACCAUGAUCUUGAGAAUCUUGAGCCUACUGAUAAUGUUUCUACUUAUGCAGACCUGAAUGCACAAGAUGGUUCUGCUGUAAAGGCAGGAGCUGAGACUGCUAUUACUGCAGCUAUUGGCAAAGAGUUUCAAGAUGAUAUUGAAAUUGGUCCUACUGAUGAAGAUGUUGACACCAAUUUUGAGGAGAACACCAAUGAUGCUGUUAAAACUGUGAACAAGAUUAUUCAUGGAAUUAGCUUCAAUAUUCCUUUGCCUUCUAUGGAUAAAGACACAAGAAAAGUCUUAAUUGAAGAGUUUACCAAAAAUGCUGUUGAUAUUGAAAUGCUAUUUGUGGGAAAGUGUGGAUCUGACAAUAGACUAAUGACUGACACCAAACAUCUGGAACACCUUGAAAUGAGUGAUGAUGAUGAUGAUAAUAAAGAUUCUAUUGAGAAUACUGGUGAGGCUCUCUUUGAGCUGAAUUGCAUGCUCAAUAUAACUGGAGCAGAAGCUUCAGAUUAUCUUACUGCUUGUUCUGACUUGAAUAUGAACUCUGACAACCUGAUAGUUGCAAAUCUUACACUGAAACCUUGGCAAGUUACUGAGGUUGCUUGA